AUGCUCGGCUGGACAGAAACGUCACCAGGAGUUUUCAAAAAAGACUUUGAUGGCGCAGAGAAAAUCUACCGUAAGAUCUUGCAAUCCUUUGCCCAUUAUGGCAAAGAGCACUGGUGCCUGCAUUGCAUCUGUUCUCUUCGUUUCGAUCCCUCCGUGCACAGCCCUGAAUCUACUGCAGGUGAAUUGAGAAAUGCUUGGAAACUCGUCCGAUUUGAGUUUCCAGGUCUCAGCAUUAUCCCAGACGACUUGACCAAAGUAUACACUAUCCCGACCGCUGCAGCAGUGGAACAAUGGGCCGACGAGACGUUUUUCGUGGAGACAGAAAAACAACCAGACCAAGUACUCUCCACCAUUCAGUUACCCCGAGAGCUACCUAGUCUGUACUAUUUCCCAUCCUCGUCUGAGAUUCUCUUCGUCAGUUCGCACUGGCGUAUCGAUGCGAUCGGAACCUGUAUGCUGCUGGAUCGGUUCUUUACCAUUUUUGUAGAACAGCCCGGGAAGACAAAGUAUGAAAUACAAUGGGAGAAAGAGAUCGACAACAUGUCUCCAAGUAUGGAAGAUGCAGCUGGGUCUGCCACCGUCUAUACACCCGAGAUUGAAGACCUGGCCCAAAAAGCCAUCGCGAAACACCAAGAGGCCCUCAAAACAGCCGGGCUGCCAUACCACGGCGACAAGACAACCAUACCCGGUGAUUCUUCGAGACAGGCAUUCGCCUUCACCAAAGAGAGCACACGCAAUUUGGUGUCUGCUUGUAGGGCGAAGGGCAUCACCGUUACGGCUGCGAUCCAUUCUGCUUUGGCUGAGACCAUCUUCCUUCUCGGUCCGAGUGAGCAUCAAGAUCUUGACCAUACCGCCGUUAUGUCUGUCAAUAUACGAAAAUACCUUCCAUCUCCGUACAACAGUCCAUCGCACGCGUGUCAAACCUACGUUACAGGCAUUACCCCUCGAGCACGAAGACACAGCAGUUUCUUGGAUCGUGCUGCUGCCCUGAAGGAAGAAUACAAAAGUUGGUACAGCGACUUGUAUCUCCAUUCCCUACGGCUCAUCUACAAAUACCACGGCGACGCAUUGUUUGCCCCUCCCAAGCCAGAUGCAGCUCCGCCCAGCGGCGUGUUCAUGAGCAGUCUUGGAGUCAUCGAGCCUUAUCUACGUGGAGAUUAUGGCUCUCUGCAAGUGGAAGAAUUCCGGUUUGGAGUCAGCAUGAUAACCAGGCAGAUGAUUGUGUACGCUUGGACGUUUCAUAAUCAGCUUGUCCUCUCGGUCAACUACAAUGAGGCGUAUUACAACAAAGAUCUAGUUCAGGAUGUGCUUGAGAAGACGAGAUCUUGUCUGGAGACAGAGUUGGGAGUGAAGUGUGAGACGGUUUGUAUUUAA